CGAAGAACAAAUAAAAACUUUCAUGUGAAAAUGGCGUCCGACGUGAGUCGUGAUAGCUCUGAAAAUAAACGCAAACUAGAGGAGGAUGAAGACGGAGAGGAGUGGGUCGGUCCUCUGCCCAGUGAGGCCACUCAAACAAAGAAAAAGAAAGUUCUUGAGUAUGAACGAGUGUAUCUGGACAAUUUACCCUCUGCCUCCAUGUAUGAAAGAAGUUACAUGCACAGAGAUGUUAUUACACACAUCGUUUGUUCCAAAACAGAUUUUAUCAUCACAGCAAGUCAAGAUGGCCAUGUGAAGUUCUGGAAGAAGAAGGAGGACGAGGGAAUAGAGUUUGUCAAGCAUUUUCGCAGCCACUUGGGUGUGGUGGAGUGUAUUUCCGUGAGUGCGGAGGGUGCACUUCUCUGCUCUGUGGGUGACGAUCAGGCUAUGAAAGUUUUUGAUGUCGUCAACUUUGACAUGAUCAACAUGCUCAAACUUGGCUUCUACCCGGGCCAGUGCGAAUGGAUCUAUAAUCCAGGAGAUGCUAUCUCCACAGUCGCCUGUUCCGAGAAGUCAACAGGGAAGAUUUUCGUUUAUGAUGGGCGUGGAAGUAAUCAGCCCCUGCACAAGUUUGACAAGAUGCACACUGCGCCAUUGUCCCAGAUCCGUCUGAACCCAAAGUUUCGUGUCAUCGUGUCUGCCGAUAAAGCAGGUAUGCUGGAAUACUGGACGGGGCUCCCCAGUGAAUUCAAAUUUCCCCGGCAGGUAGAGUGGGAGUAUAAGACAGACACAGACUUGUAUGAGUUUGCCAAAUGCAAAACUUAUCCCACGAGCCUGGCGUUCUCCCAAGAUGGCAAGAAAAUGGCCACCAUCGCCGUUGACCGCAAAGUGAGGAUUUUCCGUUUCCUGACUGGGAAGUUGAUGAGGGUGUUCGACGAAUCGUUAACGAUGUUCACGGAGCUCCAGCAGAUGAGGCAGCAGUUGCCAGAUAUGGAAUUUGGCCGCAGAAUGGCGGUGGAGAGAGAGCUGGAGAAGGUGGACGGCAUCCGACUGACCAACAUUAUCUUCGAUGAGACGGGACACUUUGUGCUGUACGGCACCAUGCUGGGCAUCAAGGUUAUAAACGUGGAGACUAACAGGUGUGUGCGGAUCCUGGGGAAACAGGAGAACAUUCGUGUUGUGCAGCUGAGCUUGUUUCAGGGUGUAGCAAAGGCCAUGCAGGCAGCACCAACCAUUGAGAUGAAAGCCUCCGACAACCCCGCACUGCAGAGCUCCGAACCAGACCCCACCAUCUUCUGCACCGCCUUCAAGAAGAACCGCUUUUACAUGUUUACAAAGAGAGAGCCAGAGGACACUAAGAGUGCCGACUCUGACCGUGAUGUCUUUAACGAGAAACCAUCUAAAGAGGAAGUGAUGGCAGCUACACAAGCAGAAGGGCCGAAAAGAGUGUCAGACAGCGCUAUCAUUCAUACCACUAUGGGCGACAUCCACAUCAAACUCUUUCCUGUGGAAUGCCCCAAAACAGUGGAGAACUUCUGCGUUCACAGCAGGAAUGGCUACUACAAUGGCCACCUAUUCCAUCGUAUCAUCAAGGGCUUCAUGAUCCAGACCGGUGACCCGACGGGCACAGGGAUGGGAGGGGAAAGCAUCUGGGGUGGGGAGUUUGAGGACGAGUUCCAUGCCACCCUUAGGCACGAUAGACCCUACACACUCAGUAUGGCCAACGCAGGCCCAGGAACCAACGGAUCACAGUUCUUCAUCACUGUCGUCCCAACACCCUGGCUGGACAACAAGCACACUGUCUUUGGGAGGACCACGAAAGGGAUGGAAGUGGUCCAGAGGAUCUCCAAUGUUAAAGUCAACCCCAAAACCGACAAGCCAUAUGAAGAUAUCAGCAUCAUAAACAUCACCGUCAAAUAGAUGUGGUCACAGCUCUACUCUCCUGACUGUGUAAAAUAAAGUGUCUUUUUUUUAAAAUAACCAUGUUUUUGUUGCACUUGCAUCAUUCAAAACACAAUGCGCAGUGUUUUUCAGCUUUGUUUUUAAUAGCGUAACAUUAUGAAUGGUUAUACAAAAAGCUGUCAUCAAAUCAACAAGAAACAAAUGUUUGGAUGCACUGUGAUUGAGGUUUCCAAAAGCCACAUUAACAAAAUCUUUCACAACUUGAAAUGCAUCACACAUGCUUUUCCUAAGUACAGUUAGUCAACAUUACAUAGCAAUGAGGAACAACGUUUCAAACCAAAGGAUGGUUUCUAAAAACAAACUAUGUCUAAUAAUGGAGCUUUAAAAUAUGGCUACAUCUGAGUUAUAGAUAAAGUGUAUAUAUAACCUAAAUGCAUAUGACGUAACAAUUUUUUAUUUUGUUAUAAAAGGUAAAGGAAUACUUAUUCCAAAGUUCAAGGUUGUUUAGAGAGGACAUUUGGCAUUCUUGGCCAGAUAAACUAAAGUUUAUGCACGUCACACAAAGGAAGAUGAAGCAGAGGCCAAAUAAAAUCCUCCAUUAAAAUAUAAUCAGUAACUAUUUUUUUGUUUUUGCAACAUACACAUCCAUGCACCAGUCUUAAGACCACAAAGUAUAUUUAAAUAAAUAUUUACAGGCUCAUUUCAAAGUCCAGAGAAUUCACUAAAGCAAUAAAAAAUAAAAAAAAUAAACAGCUGGGGACAUCAAGUAUAAGGGUGUGUUAUUUGUUGAAUCUUACAACAACACAUGUCCAGAUCAUAUUGCACCCUAAAAUAAAGAGAAGAAA